UUUCCACCUCCUGCUGCUUUCACUCAAUACUCACUCUCCUUUCAUUCACGCAGAAAAAAGACAUGGCUGACCAAACAUCCUCCAUUGAUCCGUACAAAUUUCUCAAAAUCAGCCCCAACCCAGAUGGCUCACUCACCCGACUCGCCCCUUUCCCCACAGCGUCAACCAACACCGAGUCCAACUCAGCCCAAUUCGCCCUCUCUAAGGACGUCCCUCUCAAUCCCACCACCAAUACCUUCCUCCGCCUCUUCCUCCCCCACCCUCCCCCUCCAAACCAAAAGCUCCCUCUCAUCAUAUACUUCCACGGCGGAGGCUUCGUUCUCUUCAGCGCCACCUCGCAGCCAUUCCAUGAUUCGUGUAGCAGAAUGGCAGCUCAUAUCCCUGCUGUAAUCGCGUCCGUUGAAUACCGUCUCGCCCCUGAACACCGUCUUCCGGCGGCUUACGACGACGCCGUGGACGCCGUCAUGUGGGUGCGGAACCAGGCCAAGGAUACCAACUGUGAUGAUUGGUUGAGAGAGUACGUUGACUUCACGCGCUGCUUUUUAAUGGGUAGUAGUGCUGGGGGCAAUAUUGUGUACCAUGCAGGUUUACGUGUGCUUGAUGUUGAUCUGGAACCGGUUGAGAUCCAAGGGCUGAUACUUAAUCAGCCGUAUUUCAGUGGGGUUGAAAGGACGGGAUCCGAGAUGAGGUUUAUCAACGAUCGGAUUUUGCCGUUGGCUGCUAAUGACUUGAUGUGGGCGCUGGCCUUGCCAAAGGACGCUGAUCGUGAUCAUGAGUAUUGUAAUCCGAUGGUGGGUGGGUCCCAUGAUGAUGGGAAGAUCCGACGGCUGCCGAGAUGUUUGGUCAGGGGGCACGGUGGGGACCCAUUGCUGGAUAAGCAGAAGGAGCUUGUGAGGAUGCUGGAGGCACGUCAGGUGCACGUGGUGGCCCUGUUUCAUGACGAAGGCUUCCAUGGUGUGGAGCUCUUUGACCCCGCGAAGGCCCAAACUUGGCUCAUAGAUAUCAAGGGUUUUAUUACAAGUUGUGCACGUGAGAGUAAUGAUGUUGGAGCCAGAUCCACCAUGUGAGAAUGUAUCUUCAUAUAUAUAUAAUAAUAAAUGGAUUUGGUUUA